AAAAAUGGAAAUAUUUUUGCUCUACAUAAAAUAUAGUUGAGAAUAGUUUUGGCCUUUUCGUUUAUUUAAUUAAGUGUCCCCUAGAAACUCAUUUGCACCAUUUCCAUGGCCUUAUCCUCAUUAUCCCCUUCCCCCUUACCAACACAUGUCGCUACUCAGUAUUCAACCAAGCUUUAUCUCUCUCAUUCCACCUCUUUCUCUUUCCCUGCUAUCCAAAAUCCUCAUCAUAUCACCACUUCUACUCACAAUAAAAAAUGGCGGACCAAUGUUUCUUUCUUCCCUGCUUUCUUCAACAAGACCAAAGAUGCUACACCCAUUAAACAAGAGCUUCUUGAGGCCAUUGUACCUCUUGAUCGUGGCGCUGAUGCCACUUCUCAAGACCAGCAAAUAAUUGAUCAGAUUGCUCGCAAACUUGAUGGUUGCAAUCCAACAAAGGAGCCCCUCAAGUCAAGUCUUCUGAAUGGAAAAUGGGAACUUAUAUACACUACAUCGAAGUCAAUUUUACAGAUUCAGAGACCGAAGAUUUUGAGAUCUAGAGUAAAUUACCAAGCAGUAAAUGUAGAUACACUUCGGGCUCAGAAUAUGGAAGGAUGGCCCUUCUUCAACCAGGUUACUGCAGAUUUGACCCCUUUGAAUGCGAACAAGGUGGCAGUAAAGUUUGAUUAUUUCAAAAUUGCUGGAUUGAUACCUAUUAAAGCUCCUGGAAGAGCUCGAGGUGAGCUUGAGAUUACUUACUUGGAUGAAGAGUUGAGGGUAUCAAGAGGUGAUCUUGGCAACUUAUUCAUUUUGAAAAUGGUUGACCCUUCUUACAAGGUCCCCACUUGAGAUUGUACUAUCAACUUUACUCUCAAGGAAGAGUUACUUAUUAGUGUCACAUCUUAUAUCAUGCUAAGUUUGUGCGAAUUAUUCGAAAGUUCUCUCCUCUUUAAAAACUCAUUUGGUUGGGAACAAGUUAUCUCGGGAUAAUUAAUUUCGAAAUUAAUUAUCCCAAGAUUUGUAAUUCCAUCACAUGUAUGAGAUAACUUAUCCCAUCAUUAAGACACAAAUGGUGGGAUAAGUAAUCCCUUGACUAACUUAUCCCAUCAACCAAACAUGGAAUAAAAUAAUUUCACGAUUUAUCUCGGAA